GUCAUGCACACGGUAGUGUUGUCGUCGUGGAGGCCGUGAUGUACUGCGGGGUACUGUAGCUGUAUCUCAGCGCGUCUCGGGGUGACGGAGCGCGCCUUUAUGUGGAUCUGUGGAGAACUGGGACUGUACGCAGACUCGCCCGUGGCGGGGCGCGGCGGAGGGAGCAGCCGGGCGGGUGUAGAGGAGGUGUAAAGGAGGUGGCGUUGGCGGAUUGUUUAUCCGGACAGAGAGACUAACUGGACGGACGAUCUGAUCUGACCGUAGAAAAGCUGCGUUAGGGCGCACGGGCCUCUCGCGCGCUCGCUCCGGUAAAACAGUAGCCAUGGCAACUAGGCGCCUGACCGACGCCUUCUUGUUAAUGCGGAACAAUGCGAUCCAAAACCGGCAGAUUUUGGCCGAGCAAGUGAGUACACACGAGCCCCGCCGAGCUCUGAAUACACGUAGCAAUGCUGCGGAAUUUGAUGAGUUGGCAGAUGACCGGAUGGCUCUGGUGUCUGGGAUUAGUUUGGAUCCAGAAGCCGCUAUCGGGGUAACCAAACUACUCCCACCCAAAUGGAUAGAAGGUGUAGACGAGAUUCAGUAUGAAAUCACACGCAUUCGGCAGAAGAUGAAGGAGCUGGCCAGCCUGCACGAUAAACACAUGAACCGGCCCACGCUGGACGACAGCAGUGAGGAGGAACAUGCUAUAGAGAUCACUACACAGGAAAUAACACAGAUGUUCCACCGGUGUCAGCGGGCAGUAACAGGGCUGCAGACUCGCUGUGGUCACUGCACUGAACAGGAGGAGCGGCUUCUUAGAAACGUGGUCUCCUCCCUUGCGCAGAGCCUUCAGGACCUCUCAACCACCUUCAGACACACGCAGUCAAGCUACCUGAAACGGAUGAAGAAUCGCGAAGAAAGAUCAAAACACUUUUUCGACUCCGGACCUUUGAUGGAGGAGGAUGAGGAGGUAGCUCUGUAUGACCAGGGGUUCACAGAUGACCAGCUUGUCCUGGUGGAGCAGAACACUGUGAUGGUGGAGGAGAGAGAGAGAGAGAUUCGGCAAAUUGUUCAGUCCAUUUCUGACCUCAAUGAAAUAUUCAGAGACCUUGCAGGCAUGGUGGUGGAGCAGGGUACAGUCCUGGACCGAAUCGACUUCAAUGUGGAGCAAGCGUGCGUCAAAACAGAGGACGGACUCAAACAGUUACAGAAGGCAGAACAGUAUCAGAAGAAGAACAGAAAGAUGUUGAUCAUUUUGAUCCUCUUUGUCAUCGUCGUCAUUCUUAUAAUCAUUCUAUUUGCAACCAAGUUUUAGUAAGUUAUUCUGUGUGUCUGUCUGGGGGAAGGUGAGCUUUUCUUGUGAAGUGUGUGUUCUGACCUCAACAUACAGAAACACACAGACAGCGUCUGUUAGUGCCCUUCAUGUGCGGUAUAUGGACUAUGAGACUAGAGUUGCUUUACCUCUUCCCUUACCUUUACACACACUUCCUUUACUACUCCUGAUUGAGGUGUUUCCCCUGUUCUGUCAGGGAGAAAGACUGUAUUCCUGUGUGCGUGCGUGCGCGCAUGCUGAGCUCAGUGUUUGGGUGAGGAUUGGUUAGGGUAGGUUGGUAAGGAUGGUGUACAUUGCUCUUUUGAAGAGUUGAUGAGCCCGUUGACCUCCAUCAGACUGACCUUCACUGUAGACGGUGAACUGACGCAUAAUCUCUGCACACGCCUGGCCCAAUCUGGUCAUAUGGCUGUACUACUGUUUCUGUUAAAUAUCAGAGUGUAAUUAUUUAUUAUAAUAAGGGGUGACCGGUUUGAGUGGAGUGUCUGUGUGUAAACACUGAGUUACACUAAUCACUGUCCAGUGCUCACUCACUCUCCUCAUGCACCAUUAUGGUUAAGGAGGAUGGUUCCUGUGCCUGACCACAAAUAAAAUCAUAGCCUGAUAUUAAAUGUGACUCUCUCUCCAUCAGUCGGUUUCUGACAGUGUUUAAUGGAAACUCUGAUCUCUGUUUAUCUGACAGAUCUUCUGUAAAGCUGGAUUUCGGAAAGUUUUUAAGAAAAUAAAAUGUAAUGUCUGAAUCUGUUUGUUUCUUUUAUUUUCCAUUUUCCUCUUUAUUUCAAAUGUAUUUAAGUACAUUUGGUUAUAUGUACAUUUAGAAGUGUGAAUGUUAAUAAUUUCUGUUGAUGUUUGAUUUGGUGGUUUUAUCCUUUUGUUGUGGGUUUAAAUGUAUUUAGCCAGGAGGCAGCCAACCUGGAGUCCAAUCAAUAAGAUGUGAUUGGAUGUGUUGGUUAAAGCUGCCCUGCCCUAUAGAAAACACAAUAGUUUUGAGUUUGCUGUUCUUAAGAAGCAUUGCUUAGUAUGAAUCUUGCCUCGCACAGAAAAGCUCUCAGAAGACAUAUGUUUAAGAAUCGUUGACUUAAAGUAUCUCUAAAAAUCUUGAUGUUCAUGUGUCUACGGUUAGACAGAGGGUCUACAAAUGAGAAAGUUCAGCACUGUUGCUACUCUCCCUAUGUGUGGUAAAGUCCUGUAAAGAUGACUGCAAGAGCACAGUGCAGAAUGAUCAACGAGAUCUCUGGCACAUGCUAUAAUUUUUGUUGACAAAUCUACAAUAAGGAAACCAUUAAACAAGAAUGGAGUUCAUGGGAGGACACAACAGAGGAAGCCACUGCUGUCCCAAAAAAAAAAAAACAUUGCUGCACGUUUGAAGUUUGUAAAAGAUCACCUGGAUGUUCCACAGCACUACUGACUAAAUAUACUGAGUUGAGUUGUUUGGAAGGAACACACAAUGCUAUGUGUGGAGAAAAAAAAGGCACAGCACACCAUCAUCUAAACCUAAAGAUAUUUUGCAGGAAAACUUAAGACCAUCUGUCUGUCAACUAAAGCUAAACAGAGGAUGGAUGAUGCAACAGGACCACGACCCAAAACACAGAAUUAAAUCAACAACGGAAUGACUUCAACAGAAGAAAAUACUCCUUCUGGAGAGUCCUGACAUCAACCCAAUUGAGAUGCUGUGGCAUGAGCGAUUCACACCAGAUAUCUCAAGAAUAUUGAGAUACCUCAAGAAACAGUUUAGUGAAGAGAAAUGAUCUAAAAUUCCUCCUGACUGUUGUGCAGGUCUGAUCUGCAACUACAGGAAACGUUUGGUUGAGGUUUUUGCUGCCAAGGAGGGUCAACCAGUUAUUAAAUCUAAAGAUUUACAUACCUUUUCCACCCUCCACUGUGAAUAUUAACAUGUUAAAAUGUAAAUCAUAUUAACAUGUUUUGUGGUCUGACGCAAAACGAGAAUCAAAAUCUCUGGCUCAUUUCUCAGGCUGUGGCAGGUAGAAUCUCAAACAGGAAAUACUCCGUAGGGUAGACUGUCCCAUUUCAGUAAAGCCGCUGCAGCCUACCCAUCCUUCGAAGGACACACCUUCAUAGACCGCGUCCUUCGAAGGAUGCAGCCCCUGAGUUGGGACACUGUAUAAUAUCUCUGACUUUUCAGAGCAAAGGUUCGUCAAAAGGUUAUUAACCCGAAGCCUCAUUAAAUCGCUCACUAGUGACAACUGCUGUGCAAAGGGGAUAUAUAACGGACUAAAUGAAUCCUGAUCCAGAAUAUCCUGAAAUGUACAUGUAUAAAAUAAACUCUGUCUUUUGUCA